AUGCACGGCAACGGCGUAAUCGGCGUGCUCCACGAGGGCCGCUACAAGUGGGAGCGCCGCGCGCCGCUCACCCCCGCGCAGUGCGCGCGCCUCCUCGCCGCUUCCGCGAACGGGACCGCCGCGGGGCGCGCGGCGCACGGCGGGCGCGCGGCCGCGGGGUCGAUUCGCAUCAUCGUGCAACCGAGCAGCAAGCGCGUGUUCGCGGAUUCCCAAUACGAGGACGUGGGGUGCGAGAUGUCUGAUGACCUGUCCGAGUGCGGUCUCAUUCUCGGCGUCAAGCAGCCGCCGCUGGGUACGCUGCUUCCCGACCGCUCCUACGCCUUCUUCUCCCACACGCACAAGGGACAGGAGGAGAACCUUCCUCUGCUCGACGAGAUCCUCGCGAAGCGCGUGUCGCUGUACGACUACGAGCUCAUCGUGGGCGACGACGGGCGGCGCGUCGUGGCGUUCGGCGAGUACGCGGGGCGCGCGGGCAUGAUCGACUGCCUGCGCGGACUGGGGGAACGCUACCUGAAUCUGGGUCACCACACGCCGUUCCUCUCCAUCGCGUCGGCCUACAUGUACCCCUCGCUCUCCGCCGCCAAGGCCGCCGUGGUGGCCGCGGGCGACGACAUCUCCACGCACGGCCUGCCGCCCGCGCUCGCGCCGCUCGUCUUCGCCUUCACUGGCACGGGGAAAGUGUCGCAGGGCGCGCAGGAGAUAUUCCGCCUGCUGCCGCACCACUUCGUGAAGCCUGCGGACCUGCCCCAGCUGCUCGCGCGCAAGCCCCCCGCGCAUGGCCACGGGUUGGACCCAUCACAGAAGGUGAUCUACGCAUGUGUGGUGGAGGCGAAGGAUAUGGUAGAGCCCCUUGACAAGGCCGCGCACCCCACCUUUGACAAGGAGCAUUACUACGCCCAUCCGGACCAGUACCGUCCCAUCUUCCAUGAGACCAUUGCGCCCUAUGCCACCGUCAUCGUGAACUGCAUGUAUUGGGAGCACCGCUUCCCCCGCCUGCUAUCCAACGAGCAGCUCAACGCGCUGGCCACAGCCAUGGACAGCGAGGGGAAGGCGGUGCCGAUGCGGCUGGUGGGAGUGGCGGAUAUCACGUGCGACGUGGGGGGAUCUGUGGAGAGCCUCACCCAUUCCACUGAGAUCGAACGCCCCUUCUUCCGCUACGAUCCCAUAAAAAACACAACACACGACGACCUGGAAGGACCCGGGAUAUUCUUCGUGGCGGUAGAUAUCCUUCCUUCAGAGCUCCCCAAAGAAGCCACCAACCACUUCGGCCAGGCGCUCUUCCCCUUCCUGCGCCACCUCGCCUUCUCCCGCACACCCGAGGACGCGCCUGCCGCCAUGCAGCGCGCGUGCAUCACGUACGGGGGGCACCUCUGCCCGCUCUUCGAGUACAUCCACCGCAUCGCCGCUGCGCGCAAGGCCGAGGCGGAGGCAGUCCCAUCAGACAAGAAGUACACCACUCUGGUGUCCCUGAACGGGCACCUGUUUGACCGGUUUCUGAUCAACGACGCGUUGGACGUGAUAGAGAGGGCGGGCGGCACCUUCCAGCUCGCCACGUGCCUCGUCGGCCAGUCCGUUGACUCCAGCUCCUUUGCCGAGAUCCAGGUUUCCGCUACCUCAGAAGAGCAGCUGGCAGGGAUAGUGAACGCGCUGGCGGAGAUAGCGCAGAAGGCGGAGGGGCACGUGCCGGAGAACCCCCUCGACUCGCACACCAACAGCCCCCGCGCCAUUUCCGCUGACACCCUCGCUGCUGUUAAAGCCGCCGCUGCCGCUGCUCUUGCCAAGGAGGAAGCUAAAUCCGCGGCUGCUGCUGCUGCUGCUGCUGCUGCUGCUGCUGCUGCUGCUGCUGAGGCGGGUGGGGCGAAGGGAGAGGUGGAGGAGGGGGUGGGUUUGGGGGUGGGGGUGGAGGAGGGGAAGGAGGUGGAGUAUAAGUGGAGGGUGCUGGUUCUUGGUGCGGGGAGGAUGGUGGUACCGGUGAUUGAUACGCUGGUGCGGUUUGGGGAUGGGGAGAGGUGGUGGGGGGAGGAGGAGGUGGGCGAAGGGGAGAAGCGGCAUGAGGCGCUGCAUGUGACUGUGGCGUCCAUGUUCCUGGAAGAGGCUGUGAAGGCAGUGGAGGGCUUCGAGCACACACACCCUAUGGAGCUGGAUAUCAGUGACACUGCCAAGCUUGACGCUGCCGUUGCACAGGCUGAUGUAGUAAUCAGCAUGCUGCCGCCUGCGUGCCACAUCACGGUCGCCAAUGCUUGUGUGAAGGCGAGCAAGCACCUGGUGACGGCGUCGUAUGUGAGCCCACAGAUGGCGCAACUGGACGAGCCAGCCAAGGCGAGCGGGAUUACGGUGCUCUGUGAAAUGGGGCUGGACCCGGGCAUUGACCACAUGCUAGCGAUGGACAUGAAGCAGCGCAUCGAAGCGGACGGAGGAACCAUCACGUCCUUUGUCUCUCUCUGUGGCGGCCUGCCCGCCCCCGGUGCUGCUGACAACCCCCUGGCCUACAAGUUCAGCUGGAACCCGCGUGGGGCGCUGCUGGCAGGGAGGAACUCCGCUGUGUACAAGAAGGAUGGUGCCCUUGUUGCUGUUAAGGGAGAGGACCUGUUCUCGUCAGCCCAGGCCCUCCGUCUGCCGCACUUCCCUGCAUUUGCGCUCGAGGUGCUGCCCAACCGCGACUCCCUCGGCUAUGCCGACUACUACGGGCUCAGCAGCCCGGAUCGCACUGUUGCUGCUGCCGCUGAUCCCGCUGCUGCUGCUGCGGCGGUAACCGCGGAAACCAUGUUCCGGGGAACGCUGCGCUAUGAAGGUUUCUCCUCCAUAAUGGCGGGCCUGGCGUCCCUCGGCCUCUUCAACCAGGACCCGCACCCUCUCCUCUCCAUCCCCCGCGCCGCGGCCGCCGCAAUCCAAGCCGAAUCCGACCCCACCGCACCGGUCACCACCGAGGCUCCGCGCGACGACGACGACGCGCCCCUCCCCCCUUACCCCACCUACGCGUCCUUCCUGCACGCGCUGGUUACCACUGCGGGGGCUGCUGAUCCCGCUGCGGCUGCUGCGGAUGCGGAGAGGUUGGUGGUGGAGGAGGGUGUUGGGAGUGCGGGCGCGGUGCCAGCGGUGCUGCUGGCGGUGCAGAAAAGGCUUGACGAGCUCGGGCUUGGGAAGGAUGCUGCUCGCAUCGUGAACGCCGUGAGCUGGCUGGGCCUGGCGGCCAAUGAGGAUGUGCCAGAUGGCACGAGCAGCUGCUUUGACCUGCUGUGCCACCGCAUGGAGGAGAGGAUGAAGUUCGGUCCCAGUGAGAAGGACAUGGUGUUGCUGCAUCACGAGCUGGAGGCCUCGUUCCCUGACGGGCGGGCCAAGGAGAAGCACUCAGCCACGCUGCUGGCGUUUGGGGAGGUGGCGUCUGGGGGCGUGUCUGCCAUGGCCCGCACUGUCGGCCUGCCCGCUGCCCUCGGCGCCAUUCUUCUCCUGCAAGGCAAGGUGCAGCAGCAUGGAGUUCUCAGGCCUGUCACCAGCGACAUCUAUGCACCCUCUCUGGUUGCACUGGCCAAGCUCGGUGUGCACUGCAAGGAAGCAUCGGAGAAGCUUCUCUAA